AAGCCUAGUCCUCCAGCAUUAGUGACUGACUGCAUGCGAGUGUGGGACAGACUCUACCCUCCCACGGCCGCUCUGCGCCAACAAGAAGGAGUUUAUUCAACGUCCCGUUGCUGAUUUCUAUUUGUUUGUCACGAACCCCGUAUCUACUCACGUCUUAGGAAUGCCAUGGCUACUCAGAACAACCAGGAUUACUUCAGGUCGGUCAGCAGCGAGUCCACCACAUACAUGAUGGUUCCGGCGAACAGCCGCGGUCGAGACUCGCCGUCAAAGUUAUGGAUCGCGAUGGUGGUGAUCGUGGUGGUCGUGCUGCAGAUCGCUUCGACCACCGGACUCUUUGUCUACUUAAACAUGUCUUUAUCGCAGGUUAAAAAUCAGGGGGUUACAGAAGAGCUGCGGUGCUUGGGCUUGCUCAAUGCCCUGGAUAAAGACCGGGACAUUCCUGAAGACCUGGCCCAACUGUUUGGAGAACCUUGCAUCAAGCUAGCUGAGGGUAUCAAAGCCUAUAUUUCCAAGGUUACAGACAGCAUCAUCUCCAAACAGGCUUUACAUGAAGCAAGAGCCAUGCCCCAUUCAUAUAAUACAUCAGGGUCAAAGUUUAUGACCACUGUGACACAGCGACCAUCGGCCCACCUGACCCUUAGCAGCCUGCCAGGUGGCACUCAAUACUUCACCCCUCAACCAGACCUGCACCAGUCCUGCCGCCACCCUGUACGUUCCUGGGCCAACCAGAGCUUCGGCGCCCAUCUGCACAACAUGACGCUGGCCAACGGACGCCUUCGUGUACCCCAGGACGGCCGCUACUACCUGUACUCCCAGGUGUACUUCCGCUACCCCUCUCCCAGCGAGGGCGAUCAGAACAGCGUAAGCCAUCAGCUGGUUCAGUGCAUCUAUAAGAAAACCUCCUACCUGAGGCCGAUUCAGCUGCUGAAGGGAGUGGGGACCAAAUGUUGGGCUCCAGACGCAGAAUACGCCCUUCACUCUGUGUACCAGGGCGGCCUGUUUGAGCUGCGAGCAGGCGACGAGGUCUUCGUGUCCGUCUCGUCUCCCACAAUGGUGUACGGCGAGGACUCUUCUAGCUACUUCGGAGCUUUCCGUCUGGACCUGUAAGAACAUAUCAGAGGAGCUAAACUGGGACUACAUUACCCAUCGGGUGGAUCGAUUUGGGGCUGUGACCCAAAGACUUCAUCGUUCAACUUUCCUUUCUUUAAGACUCUGAAUAUGUGAAGGAUGUGUGAAUGAGAGACAUUUCGGACAAGGUUGUUUCUUUUAAAGACAGAGGAAUGUAUGUAUAUUUUUACAGAUCACAUCAAAGAUGUGAAUCUUUGAAACGGUAGCAAAACAGGAGAGACAAAAACUCACACAAAGUGAAUCUGUGCCAAUGGUGUAUAGGGUUUGACGUGUGAACUCCACUCGCGCUCGUCCGCUGGAGGGGAAUAUUUUUGUGUACAGCGGAUCUAAAACAGUUUUAAAAACAGAGAUAUGAGAAGAGAAUGAUGACAGCGGGAAUGUGGAGGAAAGAAAGAUGAGAGGGCAAGUAUGCAGCUCUAUCAGCCUCAGAGGAGCAUCCUGGCAGGUCGCGGGACUGUGGAAUUCUCUCCGUCCUGUCAGACCAGCAGAGCAACAUGCCCGGACAAGAAAAGGACCUAAAAAAAGUUCACAUAAACACAGAGGAAUCCAGCUUUCUGCAUAGAUCGCAUUUAAGAACACCCAUUCUCUUGAGUAUUUAUGGCUUCCACGCAAUACAAAACACAGUGAUGCGAUACGAUAAAACACAUACGUUUUGUCUCAGAUACAAAUCAUUUUUACAAGUCUCCCUCUGCUGUCUGGUCUGGCGUGCAGAAGGAAGUAGACACAGGAGGAGAGACACGUGCUUCCCGGAUCACGUGGUCCUGGAUGUAUGAAAGGUUAAAUAAACACUACGCUACACGGUUUGUUGAAAUGUCGCGCUUAUAUGAUGCUUUGUUUUUGCUGCACACACACACACAUACAAAAACCCUGAAAAACACUUUUUUGACAAGUGGUGCUUCUUAGUUGUACAUCCAUCUCUUUCUCUGUGUGGUCGGUUGGUUCAACCUGUGUACAUAAUUGUAUUUAAUUCAGAAACACGAGGUUUGGAAAUGAAUGUAAUGUUCUCCCAUGAAAAUCCCACAAAAUGAGCCUCCUGCUGUAAACGUAAACGCCGUGACGUUCUCCAAAUGAAACGGCGCUGUGAAUCUCGAAACAAGCCUGUUUUUUUUCUGAGGGAAAACUGUUUGAAGGAGAGGGUGGGGGUGAUUACUUUCCACUGUAAAUGAUCAAGUGCUGUCACAAUGGUGUUUCUGAGCGCGAGCACAAACACUCGCCUGGGUUUCAUUGUAAACCACGAGCAUGUUUUCUUCUCUCUAGACUCUGCCCCGGUUUUAACUGAUAAAGUCAGUAAGCAAUAGGGCCCCUGCCAAGACUGUGCCUUAAAUCACAUUAUACAGCGAGAGCGAGCCAAGACUCUUUGUGCCAUUUAGCUACGGACAUAAUGUUAGUUAUACCACAUAUUACAAAACUUCAUUCUGUCUGACUCUUAUCUGCAAUUUGUCUGGAUUAAGAAACUUGGAUGUUGAUAUAAUCCAGAAGGGGAGAACAAGUUAUUCUUCAGCAGGUUAAUGCUUUUGGCGCAAAUGCAUUUCUCUCAACUGGUAUAAUGUGCCGCAAUGCCAAAAUUUCCUCACACAGGGUGCUUUUUUAUGUCUAAGGGAAUUUGACGUCAGAUACCACUAGGAUUUAUGUGUAAAAGUGCCUUUGGGUUGUUGUUAUGCACUGAUCUGACACCACCACCAAUCUAAACUCUUUUUUACCAUGUUAAGGGAGGUUCAAAGUAUGUUUUAGAUCAGCGUUGAAGUCAUACAUGACCUCAUCAAUUACACAUCAUUAACCGCAUCAUUUUGCAGCCCAGUGAGAACUUGUACGUUGUCCGCUUAGCGAAAACAUGAACAUUUUGUCAUUUACUUGUCGUUCCAAUCCAUCUGUGGAACACAAAAGAAAUAUUUAGAAAAAUUUUCCAGUGUGGGUUUUUGUUGUUGUUCAUACAAAGAAAGUCAAUGGGGUCCAAAACAACACCAGACUCUGGAAAAGCUCAUUCUGCAAAAGUCAGUCAGUCGUACAGGUGUACAAUGAAAUGAGGGUGAGUAAAUGACAGAAUUUUCAUUUUGGGGUUAACUUUCCCCCGAAGGAGUCUGGAUAAUCCUACCAAUUCGCACUGACCGAGCUCAUUAUCCCUGUCAAUCUGCUCCGGCCCGCCCAGGGUCUUGUGUGAGUGUGCUCAUGUGUAUACAAGUUGAAAUAUGUACCUAUCUGUACAACAUGGGGGUCGUAGUGGGAUGAGGGGUGGACUGGAAAGAGAAAUAUGGCUGAAUUCCAGCAGAUCUAGACGGAUUACAGCAGGACUUGCCCUCUGAACCACAAAGAACCACAAUGUGAACACAGGAGACAAAUGUAUGUUAGGUGCGUAUAUACGCGAGUGUGUGUUUUUUAAUUAAAUGCUUGACUGGUUUCUGAAACAGUGGAUGUGAUGGUUUGCAUACUUUAAAUCUCACAGAGCUUUGCGGAGAUUUUACGGGACUGCUGUGAAAAACUUGAGCGGGGCAGAUCACAGUGAAAUCCAGUGAGCCACAUGAACUGUCAGUUGAAACAAAAAGACUAUUGUGUUUCCUUUUCCAGUGAGAGUUUUUUUUUCUUUGGGAUUGUUAAAUUCUCUGACCACCAAUCUGUGGGACUGUUUUUCAUUUAAAGAAAGAUGUUAUGCACUGUUUACCAAUGUUGUGUCUCCAUCUUGGUAAGAAUGUACUGAUAUCUCUCACACUCUCCCUCUUUAUUGUAUAAUUCUACAGUGUCUGACCUGUGUCCUUAAAGCAUAAGUUCGAGAUGUCAUUUUCAACAAUUAAAGUGCCUUUUUAUGAA